CAAUAAAGGGUGACCUUGAUGAUCAAGUAAAACAAACAAUGGAGUAUAAGGGAACUGCAAAAUUUGCUCAAAGCAUGCACUCUUCUGUGUUCAUAAUGGAAAGGACAGCAAUGUUUCUCUACGUUUUUCUCAGCCAAUACAAUUGGAUCAGAAUAUCUUCCUUGGUAAUCUUUUUUUCUACUAAUCAACGCUACGCUUUCUAUUGUGCGGCCAGUGAUCCCACCUUCACUUAUUUUCAUUACGUGUUUGUUCUUGAACGGAUUGCUAUGGCUUUAGUUGCAUUAGAUUAUUUUCCUUCAUUAAGCUUUAAGAGCUGUUGGGUUUUAGCUACCAUUAUCUUUGCUGGAACAAACAUUUUUCGCAUCCUAGCUUACUACUUCGACGGACGACGACCAGCACAAGAAGAUUUUGGCAGCCUUAACCCUACUGAUCCUGAGGGUGAGGAAGUUGAGAAAGAAAAAGUUGGGAUUAGAGAAGAAUCAUCAUCCAAUUUGAAAUGCUUGGAAGAAAUUCUGGAAACUAUUGAUCAUGAUGAAGAAAUAGUGAAAGCAGAGGAUAAUUUGGAUGUAGUACAAGGAAUAACUCAGAACAGAUGUUCUGAGGAGCCAAAGAUAGAGCUUGAUAAAGUGGUGGAAGAAAAAGGUGAACAAAAAGAUCCAAUCGAUGAGAAAGAUGAACAACUUGAUGGAAUAAAAUUGCAGAAUUUGAAGGAAAGUUACGAUAAUUUGAAGAAGGAGAAGGACCAGUGCGAGCAAGAGUUGCACAAGGCAAGAGAAAAUUACAAUAAACUUUUCAGCAGUUGGGUGGAAGUGAAAAACAAUCUUCAGGCUUCACUUGAAUCCUCUGAAAAACAGCUCCUUAAGUGGGAAGAGGACAAACAGGAACUUCUUGCACAGAUUAAAGAUGAAAAUGCGAGGAAGGAACUCUAUAAGCAGCUUGAUACUUCCGAUAAAUCUUGGCAACAUUAUCAGAAUAAUGAAAGGAGUUCAGCAGAAUCGUACAAGUUGCAGGAGGAAAGAGGUGAUCUCCAAGCACAGCUUUUAACUGCGACUUCAACCUAUUGGCACCGUGUUAACAGGUUGACAGAAGAGAAAAAUGAUUUGGAAUCUAAGCUUGAUGCUGCGAACUCAAAAGUUGAAUACUACGAUGAAGGUUGGAAAGAUUGUGAAGAAACUUGCAGCAAGUUAAAGGAAGAGAACUUGAAGCUUUCUGUACUGCUAAGCUGUGAAACUGCAUCUGUUGCGCGUGUAAAUGAGCUUAUGCAUAAGCUUGAAGAAAAGUGCCGAAGACUGGAGGAAGAGAAAAUUAAUCUUACUGCUGAUCUUUGUGCAUCGAAAGCUAUCGCUGAGAUUUACAGGAACUGCAUGCAUGAUCUUGAUUGUUCGCUGUAGAUUCAUCAGGAUUUGGACUUGGAAUAUGGUUGAUAUAUAUAGUAUCCUUAGGCUCUUUUAUUUAUUUUUUUAAAAAUAAAUAUUGGCAUGAA